AUGGCUUCCUCAUCUGUUACCGUCCCUCCCGGAAAGUACGAGUUUCUCGUUGUCGUCCAUGACAAGCCCAACGUUCGCGAGAAGAGACUCGAGGUUCGAGGAACCCACUUCAAGAACAUGGUUCCUAACGUUGAGAAUGGAAGCUGGAAGAUGGGAGGUGCCAUUCUAAACAGUGUUCCCAAAGACGACAGUGUUGACAGCCUCGACUUUGCUGGCAGCACCCUUGUCUGCAUCGCUGAAUCCGUAGAAGAGGUCAGAGAGCAACUCAGCAACGACAUCUAUGCUACAUCAGGCGUCUGGGAUAUGGACAAGGUCCAGAUCUACCCCUUCAAGGCCGCCUUCAGAAUGAACUAA